CACAGCGCCAUAAAAGCGGAAGAGUAUGUGCGAAUGGAAUAGUGAGAUCCGCCAUCAGCGGACAGAUCGGGAUUAAAUCCUAAACCCCGGGUUUAAUUCUCACCUCUGACACUUUAUAUGAAGCCUGGCGCAGUUAUAGAUGUUUAUCCAACAUUCCCGUCGCAUUUAUGUCUGCGUCUUUACUGAGGUUUUGGGGUUUUAUUGACUUCUCUGUAGGUAAAUAAUGGACGUUUUGUGGAAGAGCUCAGUAACGGAUCUGUCCAUGCAGGACACCAAAUUACAGCUGAAGCAGGAAGAAGGGGAUGAGCUCUCAUCAGGCACACCAGAAAUUCGUGAUUGGAUUUAGAUCUAGACUCCUGCACCAUCCCAGAACCUUGAUAUUGGUUUGAUGAAGUCGUUUGUUGAUUUGGAGGUGUGCUAGGAGACAUGCUGGAAGGAAUUUCAGGAUUUUUUUCUUCCCACAAUGCAACCCAUGUCCACACUGAUGCAACACCGUGAAGACAAUGCUGGAGAGACACACAAACCCCAGGGAGAUAUGAACAGUUUGAUACUUGAUAUUAAAACAGAACCAGAUCUAUUGGAUAUUGAUUCAUUUGUAUACAGUGAUGAGCAUGAAGAUUUAUUGACCUCUAAAGACGGAUGGGAUUGUGACUCUGAACAGGAGGACGAGUUCACCCUCGAGGAGUGUGAUGAUGGACGCAGUACAUUAACUAUUAUUAAAAAGGAGCCUCUGGAAGAAGAACUGAGUUUGUGUGGUGAGCUGCCAUCAAACUGUAAACCUGAAUCAAUAGAAAUCUCUAAUAGUGAAGAAGAAGAAGAAUGUGACAUAUCAUUGGAGGAAAGUGAGGUGGUAAACAUGACAGGUGAGUGCUCCUACCUGCCCUCUACUAAAGUCUUUAAGUCAUGCUCUGAAUGUGGAAAGGUGUUCCCUACCUCAUCCUCAUACAACAGACACAUGAGGAUACACAGGGGUGAAAGACCUUUCCAGUGCUUUCAGUGCAACAAGACGUUUACUCAGUUCUCUUCAUUUAAAAUCCAUCAAAGGAUACACACCGGAGAGAAGCCUUACCACUGCUCAGAAUGUGAAAAAACAUUCAGCCGCUUGGACGCCCUUCACCUCCAUCAAAGAACUCAUACUGGAGAAAAGCCAUACCAGUGUGCUCAAUGUCCCAAAACCUUCACACGCCUACAUGUGCUUCAGAACCAUCAGAGGACACAUACUGGCAUUAAGCCAUAUCAAUGCUCACACUGCGCGAAGACAUUUACACGCUUAUGCAGCUUUAAAGUACAUACAAGGAGGCACACUGGAGAGAAACCAUACCUGUGUGGAACCUGUGGAAAACAGUUUGUGGAUGCCUCAAAUCUGAAGAACCACCAGAGGGUACACACGAAAGAGCGGCCAUAUCAGUGCUCGCUGUGCAACAAGACCUUCAUUCAGCUGGGUCAUCUGACAAGCCACCGAAGAAAAACACACAUUAUAGAGACGGUCACAGUGCUCUGACCGGAGGAAGAGUUACACCUUUUUAUCUACACUUACUACAGUAAGAAGUAAACACUUUCUUUCUUCACCAGGAGGUCAAAUAACUCUCAGCUCCUCUUAUCAAUGCACUAUAUAAGGCAUGAAUUGAUGACUGUUAAAUAGAUUAUAUGUGGACAUUUAAGGGUCUAAACCCUGCUUUAACAUUCAUAUGAUCUUUUUUCUCUGUAAUUAAUUUUUAUAAUGCAAGGUCUGACAACAAUCAUUUUUCCCUCUGUACAUUUAUUUAUAUUUAUAUAUAUUUUUUAUUUUCCAUCAUUUUUUGAAUGGCGAAGAUAUUGUGCAGUAAAAACGUGUAUUCCGUAAACGGCGUUGCUUAAGAAGGCAAUAAUUUUCUUCUACAUUUUUGGCCAAAUCACUACACAGUUUGUUUUAAAAUGGUACACAUAAAAGCGUGUAUAUUUGGUUUAAAAGAGUUCAAAUGUCAUCUUUAAUCAUUUAAACUGUCAAGAUUUUUACUACCUUGAGGAACAAGUUAUAGCUGCCUACUGCCUUUUUUCCUGAUUAUGUACUAUCACUGUUAUUAUUUAUACCUCUUUGGUCCGUUUUUUCAUAACUGUUAUUGACAAUCCUGCCAAAUGAUGAGUCUCAUUAUGUUAACUUAAAUGUUUAUCCAGUAAAUACAUGCACUUAUUUAUU